AUGUCGAAAGCUGCCCACACGCUGUCGCCAGACGACUCGCCCAACCUCCAACCCGCCGAUGUUUCGUCCGACGAGGAGCAGUUCGCCUCGUCUGACGAGCCCGAGAACCGCAGCGACGAGGCACAAGACGGAAAGAUAACGGGUGCUGCUGGCGGGGAUGCGGGCGCCAGCAUGGAUGCCGGCGGCAAUGCUGCUAAUGCAUCCGACGGCGCACAAACGGGUCUGCUGCCCAGGGAUAAACAGCGCAGGACGGCCUUCUACGAUCGUGCCUCGGAGAAGCAGAUGAGCCACUCCGAGGCCAAGCAGUUCUUCCAGCGCCACCAGCUCGAGACCCAGGUCGGCGGCAGCAAUUGGUCCCAGGACGGGGCCAUUUACGACAACGACAUGGUCUCGCGCGCCGCAAACCAGCGGUCGCCCCGUAGCACCAUCCACGCCCAGGGACACACUAGCUACAGGUCCACUCUGCCCGUCGAGGUCGAGACCCCGGACAAGCUCCCUGCCUAUGCCGGAGCCCUUGGUGGCCCCAACUACUACGCUCAAGCCAGACCGGAUGAUCCCUUCCUCGAGGCCGACCGCACAGCUCGUUCUCACGGCCACCACCCCGGCCUCCCACACGAACCCAAGCCGCUGCUGGAACAGCACGGCAUACACGGUGCCGGCGCCGGAGUCGGUGUGGGCUACGGCUCCGGCGGCUUCGCCGCAAACGACUCCAGCGUGGCCGAGGAGUUGCGGAACAUCUACACGCAAAUCCAGAAGGUUCUCGACAUCCGCCACAAGUACAUCCGCCUCUCCCUUCAGGGCGACUUCGACAAUCCCAAGGAUGACCCGAGCUGGGACAUCUACCCGCCGUUGCCUGAUCCCGCGUGGGACCAUGAUCGCUAUGCGGGCACUGCCACCAAUGGCCUUAACAGCAUGAGCAACAGCACAAUGCUCGACCCAGAUGCCAAGCCGCGACCGCUCCCGAAGCCGCCAAGGAAGCCAGGCCACGACAUCGGCGAGGACUUCGACAUUGAUGACCUGCUGCCUCUCCCGGGUCCGUCGGAGAUGAACUUCAAGCUCGAUGACAGCAGCGUGUUCCAAGUCUACGAAACCGAGGCUUCGGCUGAGCUCAAUAAGCCCAUGGUGAACAUCCCGGAUAUCAGGGAAUUCUACAUGGAUCUAGAUGAGAUUAUCAGCGUGUCUACCGACGGGCCCAUCAAGAGCUUUGCAUUCAGACGUCUACAAUAUCUCGAGGGAAAGUUCAAUCUCUACUACCUGUUGAACGAGUACCAGGAGAUAGCGGACAGCAAGAAGGUGCCGCACAGAGAUUUCUACAACGUCCGUAAGGUCGACACUCACGUGCAUCACUCUGCCUGCAUGAACCAGAAACAUUUGCUUCGAUUCAUUAAGAGUAAGAUGAAGAAGUCUCCUGACGAGGUCGUCCUGUAUAGGGACGGCAAGCACCUGACCUUGAGAGAGGUCUUCGAGAGUAUCAACUUGACUGCGUAUGACCUCAGUAUCGACACGCUUGAUAUGCACGCCCACACGGAUAGUUUCCACCGGUUCGACAAGUUCAACUUAAAGUACAACCCGAUCGGGGAAUCCAGGCUGAGGACUAUCUUCUUGAAGACUGACAACUACAUCCAUGGACGCUAUUUGGCGGAAAUCACAAAGGAGGUCAUGUCAGAUCUGGAGUCCAGUAAGUAUCAGAUGGUCGAGUGGAGAAUCUCCAUCUACGGCCGCGAUAUUGAGGAAUGGGACAAGCUUGCUGCAUGGGUCGUCGACAACAAGCUCUUCUCUCCCAAUGUUCGAUGGCUCAUCCAGGUCCCUCGCCUCUACGAUGUCUACAAAAGCUCCAACUUAAUGGACAAUUUCGAGCAGAUUGUUCGCAACAUUUUCCAACCCCUGUUCGAGGUCACCAAAGACCCCAACAGCCACCCCAAGCUGCAUGUCUUCCUUCAGAGGGUCAUUGGCUUUGACAGUGUUGAUGAUGAGAGCAAGCCUGAGCGUCGGCUGUACAAGAAGUUCCCCAAGCCAAAGUUGUGGGACACCAAGCAGAACCCUCCAUACAGUUACUGGGUCUACUACCUCUUUGCCAACGUUGCUUCGCUCAACGUCUGGCGCAAGCAGCGGGGCUUCAAUACAUUCUUGCUCAGGCCGCACUGUGGUGAGGCGGGCGACACUGACCACUUGGCUGCAUCGGUGCUUUGCUGCCACAGCAUCAGCCAUGGCCUGAUGCUGAGGAAGGUUCCUCUUCUGCAAUACAUCUUCUAUCUGGACCAGAUUGGCAUUGCAAUGUCUCCGCUGAGCAAUAAUGCGCUUUUCCUGGCGUACGAGCGGAAUCCGUUCCUCUCUUACUUCAAGCGUGGGUUGAAUGUGUCUCUGUCCACAGAUGAUCCCCUUCAAUUCGCCUUCACCAAGGAACCCUUGAUCGAAGAGUACUCUGUCGCCGCACAGAUCUACAAGCUCAGUGCUGUGGACAUGUGCGAACUGGCGAAGCAUUCGGUUGAGCAGAGUGGUUUCGAGCACGCCGUCAAGCAGAGAUGGCUAGGCGCAAACUACCAUCUGCCCGGUGUUGCAGGAAACGACAUGAGCAAGGUCAAUGUGCCUAACAUCAGAGAGGCGUUCCGCCACGAGACCUUGCAAGCUGAGCUCGCCAUGAUCUCGCGAUACACCAGCACGGCUACUACCGAGCCUCUCUCAGCCCACAACAUAGCAGCGAAGACACCGCCUGAGCAGACAGCCAAUGGAGCGGCGCGGCAGCCGGGUUCGCCCACGUCCAGGAAGACCGUCAAGUCUACGGUUGACGCGCCGCCUACUCAAGUCCCCACAUCGGCGCCGCAGGACCAUCUGACAGGCGUGAAAGACGCUCACCUCAAAAUGUCGGCCUCUUCCAGCGACCUCGUAGGCCAAAACGAAGCGUCGAUCCCUCUCCAUGUCACCCGCAAAACCAACCGCUCCUCUUCGAUGGUGGCAACAACUCCAUCAGUCGUCCCGAUGCCGCAGCCAUUCCUCGGACCGCCUCUCUCUCCGCAGCAGAGCGUCACGUCGGCGUCGGCUUCUCACCUCGACCCUCACGAGCCGCGGCUCUUCCCAGGUGUUGUGAGCAGGCACCGCAAGAGCAGCAACACUCACAGACCGGCGGUUGAGGGAGGCGAGCUGGACAGCACAUGGGUCGGCGUGAAGAAGAGCGGGUCGCACCCACUGACGGAUGCGAGCGAUGCAGCAGUCUUUGACGAUCCGCUGGAGGAGGAGCCAGAGAGCGAGAGCGAGGAGAAGGAAUGA